AUGGCGGGGUCUGCGGCGUCAUUUGACCGCUUUCCCGAUCUGCCACCGGAGCUGAGGAUCAAGAUCUGGAAGCAGCAUUUCAAUGACAACCAUGGGACACAGAUCCAUAUCUUCCACUCGGCGCCGUCUGGUCCUAGCGAGGGUUUCCAUCACGGGGAGGCAUAUCCAUCAUGCCCACAGUAUAUCGGGCUCGAUGCCGAGACCAACUCAGCAGGCUGUCAUGUUCUUGGGUCGGCAAUGGCUUCUUCGGAGGCACUCGCGAUGUUCCAAGAAAUCUUCGAGAUCGGCAAUAUGGAAUGCUUCCGGUCCAAUGACGGAGACGUGGACCACCAUCUCCUCUAUAGGCUCUUCAGACGGCAUACCGAUGAGCACUAUUCCAUUUUCAGCGGAUCGCCCGACCAAGUUCUUCGUUCCAUCUUCGAGGCCAUGCUGUCGGAAGACUUGCGCAGAGCGAGGACGCACUUCGCUAUGAACCGUGAACGAGACCUCAUCUACAUCAUCGACGACGAAGUCAGCAUCAUUUUGACCAAACUCUGUGAGGCUCCGUGGAUGCACAGGGCCAAGCGGGUUGCUUUCCUGAUACGGAACUUCCAGACACCGCCAGCAGAUCGACUGUCCCGUUGGGUCAAGUGGCACAGUCUGAUCACCAACCCACCCCCUAACGUGCGACAGCUUUUGGAGGGACCGCAUAUCGAGGAGAUCCUGCUCGUCGUGGUUCCAAUGAUCACCGAGUCACAGGCGCGAGAACAACAGCCCGACGAUUAUGGGUUUGCGGAGUUCCGCUACGGGGAGGUCCCGCUGGAAAUGUUGACUGCUGAGGACCAAGCCGUCGUGGAAAAUCAUUCAAGAUCGAUCGCCAUGAGAUUCCAGGAGUACAUGCCAAACCUGCGAGGCGAGAACAAGAUCCGUUGCGUGAUGGAUACAGCGGCGAUGACUUGCGCAUAUCUCAUGUUCGAUAUCACGAGCAACUGA